AUGGCUUCUACCAACUCCUAUGCUGGUGGUGUUGAAGGCAACAACUCCCAUGCUGAACUGGAAGCUUGUGUGCAAAAGAUUGACCUGAACAACAUGGAUGAGGAAAUGGAUCAUGCUGCUGAGCAGGAUACGCGCAUCCAGCAGCAGCAGUCACUCAUUACCAACCUCAACAGGGAGCUCUCUGACCAGGACAACGAAAUCAAGUACCUGAAAGUUGAGCUCAAGAACAUGAAGCACGACGCACGGGAGCACGUUCAUCAACUGGCGAGGCAGACCUCAAAGAUCAACGAGCUGCGUGAGGAUUUCAGUGCCUUCCGGAGGGAGACCAUGUAUCGCCCUGCACCACGAGUGGACUCGCCUGCCAACUCUGCUAGCGGUCGCACCAACCCUUCUCGCUCUGGUGGUGUGGCGGGUGACCCCGGACCUUCUACGCAGCGUGCUACUAAGCCGAACACGCAGGCUUUUGGCUCUCUGCCAAUCACUCUGCCGCCAUUCAUCCAUGGCAAGACGGACGUGGCUGUGUUGUUGUCGAUAAUGACCGACCUGUUCAAGGCGCACAAGGUCCAAGACGACGCUCGCGUCGUCGCUGCCACCACCGUGCUGGACCAGAAUGCACAGCGAGUGGUGUAUGGCAGCAAGAUCCAGGCUGAGGCGGAUAGGAAGCCGUUUGGGUGGGAGGAAUUUGCAUCUGCACUCAAGAAAGCUUUCCAGGUCCAGCCAACCCAACUGGAGGUGCGCAGCCGCCUUGAGAACCUGCAGUGCGGGAACCGCACAGUGCAACAGUAA